UCAAAACUGUAGUCUCAAACUUUAAGUUAGUGGGUACUGGAUUUGAAAAGAUACACUCGUGAAAGUGUUUCACACAUGUAGUGCUGAUAAAUAAUUAGGUAGUGGAUAAAGAAUCCAAAAAGACAAACCAAUAAACCGUUGGAAAGUCGUCCCAACGAAUUAGUUAGGAUGAACCAGAAGUAUUCUUCUUUAUAGAUCGCACAGAUUUCAAACUUUCGUCUCGUAAUUUAUGUUUUGACUAGAUUUCUAAUUAAAAGCAUGCCAAGAAAAUAUAUGGAUAUUACUAGUAUAAAGUCAUAUAGUUUGAAAUCAUAUUGAUAUAACACAAUAAUUAACAAAUUGUAAUGUUUUUGAAUGUUUGGUAUUUGAGUGGUUGUGAAAACAAAACAUGUGUUUUCCUUUUUGAAUUGUUUAUAUUUGAGUAGGUUAUCAAAACAAAAACUUUGAACAUUUUUAUUCAAAAAUUAUGACAGUUCCAGACUUCUGGUCAAGAAUAAUUUCUUUUAGUAUAUGGAAUAAGGUAAUAGAUAUAAUUACUAGGUGUUUUCCUGCACCAUGUGCAGAGUUUUUUAAAUCUAAUUUAUAUUUAAAAAUAAAUUUUAUCAAAUAUUAUAGAUUUUACUAUUUUUUUUACUAAUAUUUACAUUUCUAUGCCACUGAGAAUUAAAUUAAACUACCUAUUUUAAUGCUUAUCUUUUCCGGUUAAAUUAAUGAGUUUUCUUUAAUCAAAUUUAAACUUAAUAUCAUUAAAUGAACCUAUCUAUUUUAAUGUUUAUUUUUUUCGGUUAAAUUAAUAAGUUUUCCUUAAUCAAAUUUAAACUUAAUGUCGAUAAAUGAACCUAAAAAUACAUCAUAUUUAACGUAGCUUUAUUACGGACGAGUACAGUCCAAUAAUGAACUUGAAUUUUAUUUUUACGAAAAUGUGAACACUGACGUAUAUAAUAUUUAAAAUAUAUUAACUACAAUAUAACAAAUACAUAUAACCUACAUAUACUUUAGUUUGAAAUGGUCAUGGUCAAGUUUUAUAUAGUCAACUUACAUCAUUUAUCAAUCGAUGUACAAUAUUUAAACCACCUAUAGUUUUCGUUUUCUUUAUAGGAUGUAUCAACCAACCAAUCAUCCUAUUGAUUUUCUAAGUUUUAUAAAAAAACAAAUCAAUAAAUACAAAGCUUAUAAAUAAUUUAUUAUUAAUAAAAUUAUGAAAUUAUUUACAAUUUGAUGACUAAUUAAUCGCCCUUUUUUAUAUGUUAAAUUUUUCAUAGAAGUUUAAAAACCAUUAUAUUUUCUUUAAACAUGUAUAACUAAUUUAAUAUCUUUUAUGCAAUACUAAGUCAUAAUAUAAUAUUUCUUCAUAUUUUACAUUAAUACCAUUAUUUUUUAUAUAUCAUCCACAAUUCUCUAAUUACCUCGAUUUGCUCAAUUUUUUAUAUAAUAUCGAAUAUUCGUGAUAAAUAGAUGGUUUAAAACGCCAAAAAAAUUAUUUACUUGGUGAAUAUAAUACAUCAAAUAUUAUAAAUACAUCAUUUAGUUAAAUAAAUAAUCAAAAACCAAAAAUUCAUAUCCGCGCUGGCGCGCGGGCCAGGGUCUAGUUACUUUAUAUUUACCGAUCACACUCAUAAUCUAAAUCACGCAACUGUCAAGGGUGUUACUUAAUCUAAUGUCUAGUCUGUCUAGAUAAUAAAGACUGUAAAUAAUUAAAUGUAACUAGAUCUUGACCCGCUCUCCCGCGUGGAUAAUAUGUUUUACAUUUUUAUAAAUUGUUUAAAGACAUAUCUAAAUAAAUAGGUUAUUUAGAUAUUUUUUAGAUUCAUACACAUCAUAACCGAACUCACCUGACUCGGACUUCACCCAUAAAUUUAUAAUAUCCAACCAGAGCUUAAUUUUAAAACCCAAAAAUAUUGAUACAUUUAAGAACUGAUUCAUAUACGAACGGAUACCUAAAUACUAAUGUCUAACUGAUUAUGCAACCAGAUUAGAAAAUUAUUUGUUCAUUGGUUUGAAAUUUUGUCACGAAUUGAAUAAUUGCAUUCAAACCUGUAAGAUUAUUAUGGUUAGUAUGUAAAAUAAAUGAUGCCAAAUUAUUAUGAUAAAGAUAAUUAAUGAAAUAGUUAUGAAGGAUUAAGAAUAGAAUGUAAAUGAUGUAGUAAAAUAAUUAAAAUAUGUAAAUUCUAUUUUACACCUGUGUAAUAAAUGUUCUCGAAUUAUUUAGAAAAUACAAUAAAUGAAGUGGUUAAACUAAAUUUUCUUUUAUAAAGGAAUGAAAAUGACGUAAGAAAUCACUUAAAAUUCGGCAAGUAAUAUUUUGUACUUCAAUUUUAAUAGAAUAAAUGAUAUAACCAGAGGUGGAUCCUCAGUCUAGGCACAAUGUAAUUUCAAAGUUGAAGAUAUUUUUUUUGUUGAAAGUUCUUUCUUAACAACUCAUGUUAAAAGUUUAUAAUUGAGUUUUGGUUAGCACUUGGAGGGGAGGGGGGAAGGUCUUUUUCAAUCUCUAUUAUUUGUGUCGUGUUUUUUCAAACCCAAAAAAUAUAGGUGCUAAAAUAAAUUGAAAAAAAAUGGAACUUAAAAAGUAAUUUAAAUUUUAGACCCAAACUUUUAACUAACCCGACGUUAAUUAGUGUUAAUCAUGUGUCAAGCAAUGGUUUAAAACGACAUUGUUUUGAUUAAUUCUACAAAACUAAGUCUUUUUAAUUUUUUCAUACAAUAUGCCACAAAAAAUAUUCCAUCCUUUGUAUAGUAAAAUCUCGUAGAAUGUGUUCGAUUCCUUGUUGUGACUAAUAAUAUAUUUGGAGAAUUGGUUUGGUGAGUACGAAUUGUGAAUUGGUUUUCAGUGAGAAUUGAUUUUCUUGUACAUAAUUGAAGAAUGAAGCGUAACGAACUUUUUUUUUUUUUUUGAGAAUUAAAGCGUAACAAACUCACCAAAUGAUGGAUGGUGAAUAAUUGCAGGAAUUUUGGCGGGUUUUGAAUCUGACGUUUGAAUUUUUUAAUGAGGAUUUAAAAAAAAUUAUAACAUAUUUUUAUUAGAGUUGUUAGGAUAAUAAUGUUAUUAUUCUAGUAAAGUUAUAUGAUUAAGAUCUGCAAAGGGUAUAAGUAAACCACCGAAUCUUUUUAAUUUAAAAAAUUUCUAAAAUAAUAUAUGGUGACAAUAAUAUGUAUGUUGUGUUUAUAAAAAAAUCUAGUUAUUAAUCUUGUAAGAAUACAAAGUGUUUAUAUUAGUUGGAGAAAACUGAUUUAAAAUAAAAUAAUUGAACUUAUUUAAAACGAAUAUACAAGCUGAUCUUCUUGCUUUUAAAUUAUUUAAUAACACCCUAUGGUUAUUUAUAAAUUACUUCUUAUGGUAAAUAUGAUAAUUAAACUAAUACUGUUUAUAAAUAGUAUUAGUUUAGUUAACCUAAUACUAAUGACAGUAUGGUUACUCUGGUUUUCUUAACUCUCUAUAAUAACCACACAGUUUUAUUUUAUUUCAUGGUUAUUAACUAAUUUACAAGCUGAUUUAAAAGCAAGAAGAUCAGCUUGUAUAUUCUUGCUUGACUGUCCUUAAGUUUAUGGUUAUUAUAAAUAAUUUAAAAGCAAGACGAGGGUUAUUUGAAUAACCAUAGGGUGUGAUUGCAUAUACCUCGUUGUUGUUAUUUCUUACCUCUCUAAAAUAAGUGUAUGGUUAUUAACUAAUUUAUCAUAUUUACCAUAAGAAGUAAAUUAAACAAGAAAACUGAUUUAAAUAUAAAGAAAAAAUAAUUGAGAGAACUUUUAGAGUUUAUAGACAAAAUUUAAAAGAAAUGGUACAAGAAUGAUUUCAUCAUUUCCGCUUUACUGAUUAAUUUUUUUUUUUUUUUUUUUGAAAACUGAUGGUGUCAAGCUAGCUAGUGACAAGUCUCAUGCAAUAAACUAUCUCGUACACUAGAGUUUACAAUUUAAGUAUUUUUCUACAAAAUAAUAAAUUUUCAUGCUAUGCAUUCAGUCAUUCACUAAACUUACAAGAAAUUAAUCUUACCUUUUGUACUAUUCACUAGGUUUUGGUUGACCACCCAAUUCACACCUACCCGGACAAAAGUAUUAUUUGCAUGCUAUCGAGAUUGGAAGUAGAAAAUAUAUUUUUGUUAUCUAAAGCAUAAAAUACUGUUAGUCUAGUACUUUUAUUAAAUAAUUUUUUAAAAACUAUUUAUAAAUUAAUAAGUGGCUAGUAACAUCCUAAAGAAUAUCUCAAAUCCUUUCAGAACAACCGAUUGAUCAUCUCUCUAUUUCAACGUUCCUCUUAUUUUUCUUUUUAUUAAUAAAAUUUAAAAGUAUUCUAUUUAGAAUCUACGAGAGGGAGAUGAUAUUCAUCAAAUCGUCUUGAAACAACCGAUUGAUCAUUGUUAUAUAGUCAGAAAGACAUACCCAUUUGCUUUAAGUAUAUCCAUUAACAUACUUCCAAUUAUAGUUUUGACUAAAUGUUUAACAUCAAGAAAAAUAGAUCGAAUUGGUCCAUUUCAAAUAUAUUUAAAGGAUAUUUCGAUUGCAUCUCGUCAUAUGAAGAAAACAUGAUACUUUCAUUAUAUAUGGUGAAAACGUAAAACUGUUCUUCAGUUGAUAUAUUCAAAUGCAAAACCGAACGAUUUCGAGUUGGGACAAUUUGGCUGGCUUCCAAACCCGAAGAAACUAAUAAUGUUAAUUGCCAUUUGACAGUAACAUGAAGUGUGGUUUGUUUUGGAUGAGUUGUAUAUAUUUGGAUUUUAUUGUUUUAUAUCGUAAAAUGUUUCCCAUAAAGGGAGAAAAAAGAAAGUUCACAUUUUUAAAAAAGAGAAAACAACCAUUAAAACACUGAACCUUCAAACAAAAACCAUAAAAAUCCCAAACUCAUGUUUGAACUAAAAAUUCCUUAACUUUUAAAUAUUAGCCAUUUUAGCUAUCAUUUUUGUUGACUCAACCAUUUAUGAAAUUCGAAUAGUCAACAUUUAUGCUCGUGUUAUACCUAAUACGACGCUCUUUUGAAAAAAAAAACAUUUUGUUUAAGAAAAAUCCUAAAUCGAAUUCAUCUUCGUCAUUCGAAAACCUAAUCACCAAUUUGAUUUUAUCUUCCCCAAAUCGAUUUUAGAAGAAAUCUCCGAUUAAGACAAAAAGUGGUGGUUUCUCCGGUGACUGCUAAUAAUUUUCAUCAGUUUGGUAAAGUCAAUUGUCACUCUCAAUUAUGUGUCAGGUUUUGGAAGCUCAGUCCCAAUUUCUUGUCAAGUUUAACGGUUUUAGUUUAGCAGUUGACUAUUUGAGUUUCUUAAAUGGCCGAGUCAACAAAAGAUGAGAGUUCAAACAACCGAUAUUUAAAAACUGAGGAAUUGUUUUGCUCAAACACGAGUUUGAGAUUUUUUUGCUUUAAUUUAAAAGUUUAGGGUUUUAAUGGUUGUUUACUAUUUUAAAAAAAUAAUACACAUCCAAUAUAGUAGAAUCAUGAACAGUGAUAAUGGCCAAGUUAGUUUGAUAAAAAGUUUUAUCUGUGAAAUUUCCUUUUUAUCAAAUGAAAAUCUACCGUUUUAAUAAAUCAUCAUAUGUAAGAAAAAGCUACGCCUUCUUAUAAAUGAAGUUCUACAGUCAACAACUAUACCCUGGUGAAAAAUAUAACAUGUUAGAGUUAUCAAAAACUUCAAAUUUCCUUUUUAUCAAAUGAAAAUCUACCUUUUUAAUAAAUCAUCAUAUGUACGAAAAAGUUACACCUUCUUAUAAAUGAAGUUCUACAGUCAACAACUAUAGCCUGGUGAAAAUAUAACAUGUUAGAGUUAAAACUUCAAAUAAAACUUGCCGAAAUGUUUGCCAAAAGGUUCUUGGUAUAUGAUAUAGAAACAUUGAUGAUUUACCUAGCCAAGCUCAAACCAAAAUAUUCUUACGUUAAGUACUCAUUUUGUCGUAAGAAUACUUUGUAAGCUGUAUAAGUAUUACGUAAUUUUCUUAUGGUCAACAAGAAUUAAGAAAAUUAUUGGCUUAUAUAAUGUACAUUUAAUUACAAGGGAAUUCCCGUUAGUGCUUCCCCACUUCUUCAUAUUGCCAGUAAAUAUGCAUCGUUUAGUUAGAUAAGAAAGUGGUUAGACAAAUAAUGUCUAUUAUACAAAAUAAAAUUAAAUAAUGAUUAGUAUUGGAAAGGAAUAUAAAAUAAAUCCAUGCAGGUUUUAUAUUCUAUGAUUAGUAUCAUACUAAUCGAUAAGGGUAGAGUUGGACAUGAAUUUAAAAAAAAACCAACAAUUAGUGUCAGAUAGACAAAAAUCUGUAAAAGUAUGUAAAUAUUCUUUAAGUUUGAAGAGCCUUGCAUCGAUGGGAAGUGCGAGCCGUAAAAUGAAUACUUAGAUACAUUAAAGGGAUUUCAAAGAUGAGUUUGAGAUACAUAAAAGAAGGAGAGUUUGUAAGUAUGGGUUACUAGGAUGCCGAUUAUGUUGGUGUUGCAUAUGGGAAAAAGGUCAACUACAAGUCUUGUGUUUAUUGUUGGAGAAAAUCCGAUAAGUUGGAGAUAAAACUUACAAAAGGUUGUGCCAUUGUUUUCAACUGAGUCGGAAUAUAUAGCUUUGUCAGAGGCGGAAAGAGAGGCAGUAUGGUUAAGGUUUAAUGGAAAAACUUGGUUUUAAUCAAGAUGCGGUGAAGAUAUUAUGUGAUUCUCAGAGCGCAAUAGCUCUGGCCAAAAAUGAUGUUCAUCACGAAAGGACAAAAUAAAUGCAGGUGAACUAUCAUUUCACCAAAGACUUAACUAGUGAUGGAUGGAUAUAAGUUUUGAAGUUUGAAACUGAGUUUAAUCAUGCAGACAUCUUUACAAAGGUUUUACCAAUAGGCAAGUUGAAAGAAGCAUUGAACUUGUUACGGGUAAAAGAAAACUGAAGUUCAUAGAUUAUGGAGAUAAGAAGAUGAUGGUUUUUUCAAGGAAGAAGAUUCAAAGUUGAUAGUUUUGUCAGGAGAUAAUAACAUAAGUUAGUUUACUCAUAUAUUAGCAAUAAUAUUUCACUAGGAAAGAGUUGAUGAAGAACAAGGUGGAGAACUGAAGAUUUAUGGUCUAAUCAACUGGGUGAGGUCACGGUCCAAUCGAAGUGAUAUUGAGUUGGUUCUAGUGGAUUGCUAGCUAGUAUAGCCUCAGUGAGAAUAGCUGCUCCUGACAUUGAAAAAUGAGAUGAACACCAUGUAAAAAAGUUUGGUAUUGUCUUGCUUUCAUUUUUUUUGUUUUGUUGAUUGAUCUUUAGAGGAGUUGAAUAUAGGUUUAGAUUUGUACAGACUGCACAUUUGAUUUGAUUUUUGUAAUUGAACAAUUCGUUUUAAGGUAUGAAUUUAGAAGUGGUCGUUCACACGAUGCUACCUUUCUCCCAAAGACUCUUCAUCUUAAGUCCUCUUUUUAUAGUAACUUCGACUAGGGAUGAGCGCGGAUCGAAUAUGUGGGUUUUUUUAAGGUAUUUAUGAUUCAUUUUGUCCGUGUAAUCAAUCAUCCGAUCCGAUUCAAUCUGUAGCUACUAGUUAUCUAGAUAUUUGAUCUUAUGGAUAACUGGAUAUCUGAUUUAAUUCGUAUAAAUAAAAUAAAAAAUAAAUAAAAUUUUAAAUAAUAGAAAAUAUUAAUAUUUUAUCACAUAAAAGUUUAUUUAUUUAUUAAAAAUAUAAUUAACUUAUAUAAUUAAAAUAUUGUAAAACUUACAUAAAAUAUAACGUUUACAUAUAUAUAUAUAUAUAAUUUUUGAAAUAUAUGUAUUUAUAUGCGUAUAACAUAUCGGAUCGGAUAUUCGUUCAUAAAAUUAUUAGUAUUUGGGAUUUGUUUCAUUUCUUUCGGAUAUUGCAUAUUAGUAUUUGUUUUGUUUUGUAAAGUUACGGAUAUCCAUUUUCUGUUUGAAUCUAUGCAGAUAAUGUACUGAAUCAUAACCUACGAAUAUUUUGCUGAGCCUUAACCUCAACAAGUUCUUGUCUUUGAAUUAGUCAAAAGUCUUCGUUCCCAUGAUUUUAUUUAAAUAAAUAUAUAAUUACAGCUUUCACUUGUUUGAUUUUCUUAUAUUCUCUCUGCAAAUAUUAAAUAACAACGCAUGUGUAUAUGUUAUCUUGUUUUAUUAACAACUAGUAUUAUGGUUGCUUGCCAUGCAGGAGCACCUAUACUCAUCAAUAUGAAAUGUUAAUUUAAAAAAUAUACUUAAAAGUUUUCAACAGACGCCAUUAGGGUGUCUAGAUGCUAUUCCUUCUUCUUUUCAAGCCAGUUUUCGUUGGUGAUUCUUUCAAUGGUUAGAUGGCUUGAUUUUCACUGAAAUUAUGAGUAAGAUUGAUUUUUGACUGGAUAUAAACCUCUGCAAAAUUAACUGGAACAAAAGCUGAAAAUGUAAACAUGAAACCGAUCAUCCAUCCACAUGUUUCACUCGUCGCCCCAUGUGACGUCAACCAUACAAAACGAAUUUCCAUAAAACUCUAGAAUCAUUAAAAGUUGUCGCUGAUAUAUUAAUUUACUAAACAAAAAAUUAACUCACUCUUUGUCUUACAAUGGAGAAUGAAUGUUUUCAAAUCCAUUGAUUUCAGUUUCUCUGUCUUCCUGUUCCACCCUGUCUAGACUUAUGUUUUGUUUUGCAAUUGAUGAAGUGGUUCUUUAGUGGGUAUUUCUCGAAUAUUCUGAAAGAUAUAUGAUUAUAAAUACCAAGAAAAUAAGACAUAGCGGGAACAAGAUACAUAAAUAUACACGUUUUGGUAAAAUAUAAAUAUGAAGUGGUUCUUUAGUGGGUAUGUCUCGUAUGUGCUUGUUUUAUUUUAACAUGUGUAUAUAUAUGGAGAUAACGGGAUCAAAAGCCAUAUCACUUUCUUUUUCGUUUUCCCCUUAUCUAUAAAACUUGUGAAACCCUAAAAGCUGAUCAGAAAGUUCAAGAAUUUUUUUUUGGUAAAAUAAGUUAGAGUUCAAGAAUUUUGAGAAGUGAAAGUAAUGGCAAUAAAAGAUAGAUCACUAGAAGAGACUCCAACAUGGGCUCUUGCUGCUGUUUGCUUCGUUAUUCUUUUCAUCUCUAUCAUGAUCGAAUAUUUCUUGCACUUUAUUGGUCACUGGUUUAAAAGGAAGAACAAGAAGGCUUUAUAUGAAGCUCUUGAAAAGGUUAAAGCAGAAUUGAUGCUACUGGGAUUCAUAUCGCUUCUACUUGUUGUACUGCAAUCACCAGUCUCCCAAAUUUGCAUUCCAGAAAGAAUUGCUGCGACUUGGCAUCCUUGUAGUAGCCAACAAGAGCUCGCUAAAUAUAGUAAAGAUUAUAUCGACGAUGGUCGCAAAAUUCUUGAAGACUACGACUCCAACGACUUUUAUAGUCCUCGUCGAAGUUUAGCCACAAAGGGUUAUGACAAAUGCGCAGAAAAUGGGAAAGUAGCAUUGGUAUCUGCAUAUGGUAUCCACCAAUUGCAUAUAUUCAUCUUCGUGCUCGCUGUAUUUCAUAUUCUCUAUUGCAUUAUAACCUAUGCUUUGGGGAAAACCAAGAUGAAGAAAUGGAAAUCAUGGGAGAAAGAGACCAAAACGCUUGAGUACCAAUAUGCCAAUGAUCCAGAAAGGUUCAGAUUUGCAAGAGAUACAUCGUUUGGACGUAGACAUUUGAAUAUAUGGAGCAAGUCUUCCUUUACCCUUUGGAUUACAUGUUUCUUCAGACAGUUCUUUGGAUCAGUGACAAAAGUGGAUUAUCUUACAUUAAGACAUGGCUUUAUAAUGGCGCAUUUGCCUGCAGGAAGUGAAGCUCGUUUCGAUUUUCAAAAAUACAUUCAAAGAUCUUUGGAAGAAGAUUUCAAGGCUGUUGUGGGUAUAAGCCCAGUGAUAUGGUGCAUUGCUGUCUUAUUCAUAUUGACUAAUACACAUGGAUGGGAUUCCUAUUUUUGGCUGCCUUUCCUCCCUUUGCUUGUGAUAUUAAUAGUAGGAGCAAAACUUCAAGUGAUAAUAUCAAAAUUAGGAUUGAGGAUUCAAGAUAAAGGAGAUGUAGUUAAAGGAGCUCCUGUGGUUGAACCGGGUGAUGAUCUCUUUUGGUUUGGUCGUCCUCGUUUCAUUCUCUUUCUCAUUCACUUGGUUCUUUUCACGAAUGCAUUUCAACUAGCUUUCUUCGUUUGGAGCACCUACGAGUUCACACUCAAGAACUGCUUCCACCACAAAACCGAAGAUAUUGCAAUCAGGAUCACCAUGGGGGUAUUGAUACAAGUUGUAUGCAGCUACAUCACUCUACCUCUCUAUGCUCUUGUGACUCAGAUGGGAAGUUCAAUGAGGCCGACCAUAUUCAACGACAGAGUAGCCAAUGCAUUAAAAAAAUGGCACAACACGGCCAAGAAACAGGCCAAACAUGGAAACUCAGGGUCCAACACACCCCGCUCGAGCCGCCCCACCACGCCAAAACAUAACCGCAGCCUUGAUCACCUCCUCCACAAUCGUAACCGCAGCCUUGAUCAUCAAACCAGCUUCACUGCAUCUCCUUCUCCUCCUAGGUUAUCUGAUUCUGGCAGACACGGCCAUGGUCCUCAGCAUUUCUUUGAUCCUGAAUCUCAAAAUGUCUCUCCCUACAGUGACAUCACAGAUUUUGAUAACGGCAAUAUUCAGCAACCUCAUGCUGACGUAGCUAGUCCUGUUACAGAAGAGAAAGAGAUUACUGAGCAUGUCAAGAUUGAUUUACCAGAGUUUACUUUUAAGAAGUGAUAUGAGUUCUAUACUGGACUUCUUGUUCAUUCUUUGUAAAUCAUAUAAACUUUGAAAUAAACAGUUCUCGUUCUUUUCUUCUUAUAUAUUUUUGCUAUCAGAAUAAAAACCAAAACGUUUAUAAUCAACUUAAAAUCUUUAAUGCAUUGAGACUUUGCUUUUGUUAUCUUCUUAAAUUAAGCAGAGCAUGAGGAUCUUGAUGUCUCGAAUAUUAUGCUUAUAACAGUAACAUAUAGUCAUAUCAUUACAACUCUGACAACAGUUGUUUGAUAGACAUGUUAACAUGGAGCCGAAUCUAUAUACUAAAAUCUUGGAGACUUUCUAUGGAAUUUCACCCUUCUACCGAGGAAAUUUUUUGUCUAGGAGCUUGACAACAACAUACAGAGUUAAGUAGUUGAUGUAAUCAUGUAACCUUCAGAAACCGAGAUCACAAACCGAUGGCAAGCAAGAGCAGAGGCGGUGAGAAACAUAACAAAGGACGUCAAGCAGAAUUUGAGCGUCAACAUUCUCUCUUUGCGGAUUCAAGUAUCUUUCUCAGUAUCACUCUGACACGUUUGUCUCACAUCAAACUCUGGAAAUCUUUUACUGUAAUGUUGGUUCCUGAAGACUGUGGUGGGUCUGGAAGAGAGAUGAAUUUAGGGAAUUAACUCCGGAGAUCCCCACCAUCCAUUGGUACAGUGUAUCUGCAACCAUUGUGCAAAGUUUCUGGCGGAUGACAUGUGCCUCUUUUGAAAUAAGAGUCUUCUAAGAGCCUCAAGACCAAACUUACAGUGUCAACAUCUCACAUCUCUGUCCGUUUGAUCGGAACAGAUGUUUCAUCCCUUGAUGAUGUUACCAGUGGCGAACCUUUCCUAGAGUAGGUAUCAAGUAAGUUAUUAUAGAUGCCUAUCAAAUAAGUUAUAAGUUAUUAUUUAAAAUUAGUUUGUGGUAUCAGGAAAUUUUAUCAUCAAGGUUUAUUCUUGAGUUAUUCAUUGUGAAGCUUCAGUUUGGUGAUGUCGUGCCAUUUCUUGGUUUUAAACCGACAGGUUCUUCCGGAAUUUUUGGUAAGAGAUUGUGGAGCUUUAGCUCAAUUUUGUUGAGUCAUUGAAUAGUUUGAUUGUCAUCCGUUUUUCUGUCUGCUACUUGGGUGGAGAUCUGUUUUCUUGUGGUUUCCCUUAGUUAAAACUUGUUUGUCAGUGGCGGUUGCUUGUGGUUCGUAUCGAAACUUUAUUUAAGCCUUACUAUCACCUCAAUAAUCUUGACCCUCAUCUCGUUUGUCCCUGCUGCUCUUAUCAACUUGCUUCCCUUCCUUGAUAAUUGUUUGCUAGCUUCACAAUUUCUUAGGGACCUUGUUCAUUCCUAGUUUUUGUAAUGUUAGAUACUUUUCAGUUGUCUUUUUAGUUUCCGGGUGAUAUGAUUGCUCCUUUUCCGGCUUGGUGUAAUCCUCCGUAGACGACAGAAAAAACUACAAUUAUAAAUUGGAAGCAGCAUUCAGUACAAUGUGAGAAGUAGGAUGUUUUAAGAAAUUCCACCUGGAAUAACAUGGGGAGAAGCAACGAUGCAUUUCCAAUUAUCCACGGAUCCAGAAAAGGCUACUACAAGAAUUCUAUCUUCUCUAGAACAACCCAUGGUAAAAGAGAUGUCAAGUAUGCACUAGUCUUUGAGAUUAUAUUCUUUAAAUUAAUUAUACAUUUUAGAUAAAUCAUAUUCCUAAAAUCUGCUAAUCUCAAUCUGGAAAAAAAUCCUAUAGAAAUAUGAAUUAUCAAGCAUUGAUCAAAGAUUAUACGUUGUUUAUAGGUCCGUCCAAUAUGGUAAAACCGAACCGUACCAAACCAAACCGAACCGAAAUAGACAAUAUGGUGUGGUUUUGGUAUAUACCAUAUAAACCGAAUGGAUGUGAUUUUAUAAAAACCGUAGGAUUUGGAUAUGGUUUGGUUUAUAACCGAUUAACAGAAUAAACCGAUCAAAACCGAUCAAAAGUAGAAACAUGUAAAUAUGUACAUAUUUUAUAAUGUCACAUGAAAAUCUAUUUGUUAUAUAAGUUAUUCUUUUGUUAAUAAUUAUUAUUAUAUUUUUUAUAGUAAUAGAAAAUCCUAAUUUGAAAAACACUUAAAAUAUAAUUAAAAAACAAUUCAUCGCAACUGAAGCUUCUUAUUUUUUAGUCUUCUUUUUUUAAUCAUUUUGCUUUCUUUUGGCAUUGAUUAAAUUGAAGUGAAGGUUAUAAAUUUGAUGGAUAAUAACUAGAAAAAAUUCUUCACAACUUUUUUCUUAUUUAUAAAUGAACAGAGUUUCAAUCGAAGAAACAUGACUUUGAUGAACACUAAAUAUAGAAUAGUGGAAAAACUUUUCUUUCAUACUUCUUUUUUGUUUUUUUUUUAUUUUUAUUUUCAAAUUUUUGAGCUUUGAUUUUAAUUCUAAAUUUGAUUAUUUCAUCUGAAAGUAUAAGCGUUUUUAACUUUUUUGUUCUUUUAUUUGAAAAUAUAAUAUUUUUUUAAUAAAUGACUACGAUGAUAAUAUGACUUUAAAAUUUAUGUAAUAUGAUCUCAAACUAAAUAAUAUUGUUUUGGUAUAAAACCGAAUAAACCAAAAAACGACGGUAUAUAAACCGAACCGAAUCGAAGUAAAUAUGGAUUUAAAAUGGUAGUUAUAUUUUACUAAUCGAAAUACCGAAAAAACCGAACCGAAACCAAACCGAUAUCCAUAUUGAACACCCCUUGUUUAUUAGUUUAGUAACUUUAGUUAAAUGAUAAGUGGCCAUCAUGGUAAAACUCAAAUCAGACUCCUCUAGACAUUUUUUUUUAAACACAGACUCUUCUAGACAUUAGUAUAAGAAUUUUAGCUGUGGAAACUUUCUUCUUCAUUUAACACUUUAAGCUACUGGGCUUAUUUGUUUCUACCGGACGCCCGCUAACGUAAUGGAUUUAAACUUAAUAAAAGAAAACACGAUGGUCGAAACAUCAUUUGAAAAUAUAAGAAUAAUGAAUGAUGAAAGUAAUUUAGUAUAUUGCCGAAAUCUUUCAUAUUCUGGAAAUAAUAUCAGUUACAAUAUUUAAAUAAAGAUUCAAAAUUAUUUUAAGAUAUUUAAAACUUGCUUUAAAUAGAUUUAAAAUACUUUUGAAUAAACAGUUAUAUUAUAUAAAACACAAAUACCUACAUACAAAACAUAAUAUAUAUAAUAAAAAAAUAUUAUUUAGAAAAUUAUAACAGAUAAUCAAAAAUAUUUUGUACUAGCAUAAUAAAUUGAAAAACAGUUUCUAUUUUCUGUUAGUAAUCUAGCUUUGAAUGAAAAACUUAUAUAUAUAUAUAUAUAAUUCUUUUUCCUUAUAAUAACGUUUUUUUUUUUUUUUUUUGUUGUAAUUUUGUGUUGUGAAUAAACGUGAAUUAAAUAU